GCAUCUGUUUUCGCUGAUGGUUCUAGUAAGACGCUGGCGUGUAACUCUGCGAUACCUCCAUGAACCGCAGGACAGUGCCUCAGUACCGAUCGACCGAAUUCUCGGUUUUCGCAAACACAUCGAGGAUUACGUGUCAGAAUUGUCAAAAACAUAUCAAGAAAUCGAGAAAUCGAAUAAUUUCGACACUAGAACAAUUUGUAAACUUAUGCGAGAAGACAGCCUGAUGAAACGAGAGUUGAUUGAUUGCGGUUUCGAGUGGCUCAUCACAGGCUGGAGAAUUCUUGAAUCAAAGCUGUCAAAAGAUUUGAAAAGUUAUUCACGAAAGAGACGACGUGCUACAUUCGCAGGCAGAUCGCGCUCGGGAUCACCAAAAAAGAGCCCGAUACGAAGCACAUCACCAAUACCCAAAGUUAGGGAUUGUUUGAGUGUCAACGAUGGCACCGAUCAAUGGAAUAUACAACGAGGAAUAAGAAGAUCUGGGCGAUUAUCGGCCAAACGAGGCAUUUCUCGACUUGAGCCGGUUAAAACGGAACAAAUUGCAUCAGAUGAGGAAAAGAAUCGUUUCGCAGUGGAGAAAAAAGUGCCCGUGAAACGAUCUUGGAAGCAUUUUGCUGCUGAAAAAGAUGAAAAAGAUAUUACCACUAAUUCGUGCGGAAGUUCACGUCGAUUGCUGGAACUUUCGCCGCCAAAAACUUUCAUUGAUAUGCGCCGAGAAGCGAAACUACGCAAACGAGUAAAAUUGGAAAGUGUGGAAACUGCACAGCCAAAAAAACCCCGAUCGCAGUCCUUGUCCUUCAGCAAAGAGUUGAGCAAUAGUCAGAACAGCGCAACUUCCGGACGCGAAAAUUCGGAAAACGCAUCAUUAACACCUGAUAUCGAUGAUUUUCGCGCACGCAAAGGAAGAGUCGGGCAGAAAUUGAAUUUGUUGCCAUCGAAGAGGAUGCGAAAACAGCAACAGGGCCAGAAGAACGAAAUAACAAGCCCUAAGAAACAACCGAAGAAAAAAGCAUUUGUAAAACAUGAAGUUGCGAAUGAUGUAUUGCUGGAGCAACGGCCAAAACGCCAAAUCAAGGCACCAAAGAGAUUUGUUUUUGAUGACGAAGAGAACGAGGAGGAGACAACUUCUGCGAAAGGAAGGUCUCACUCGCUCAUAAAACCUGCGGUGGCAUCAACUAAUAGUCGUGAAUUGGGCAAAUCCAUGGAACCGAAGCGUAGAGGUCGAAGAAGGAAAAGCGAGAAACAGGAUGUACCUGCAGUUCCAGCAGAGACACCAGUUAUGGAAGCAAUUGUGCUUAUUGAUGAUGAUGAUUAUUCAUUCGAUGCUCGUCGUGGCAGUCGUUCGCGCAGACAUGAUAGGUUA